CACAUCCAGCGGCUGCACCGGAGAGCUCGACGGAAACUGCGCCUGCUCGGCUCUUAUCUCCCUCUCCAUGGGAAAAAACAGGACUCCCUCUCUGCCAGAGAUCAUGGGAGGCUGUUGACUUGGCCGCCAGCAGGAGGAAACUCAUCCGAGGAGCCUGAACACGCAGGUCGACGGGUCCGAACAUGGCCGCCCAUCGAAUCAGAGCCGCCACCACCAACAACACGUCUCUGCCGCGCUGCAAGUCCGAGGGGACGCUCAUCGAUCUCAGCGAAGGCGUGUCAGAAGCCAGUCUGAAUGACGUCAAAGUGCCUUCUCCCAGUGCCUUACGACUGGACGCGACUGCCUCCUUUGGCGCUGCCAGGGAAGUCGUCGCCAUCAAGGACUACUGCCCGUCCAGCUUCACCACCCUGAAGUUCUCUAAAGGGGACCGCCUCUAUGUUCUGGACUCGUCGGGAGGAGAGUGGUGGUACGCCCACAACAACACGGAGAUGGGUUACAUCCCCGCAGCCUACGUGGAGCCCAUCAAUUUCAGAGACUCGUCGUUCAGCGACAGCGGGAUGAUCGACACUGUGGGAGACGGCAACGAGGAGGCAGCCAAAGAAAUGGACCUUCUAGGAGAGUGGGCCGGCGUGAUCCUGAAACCAACCACCUUCCAAAACGGAAAUCCUUUCGCAACAACCCAUACCUCGACAAACCCUUUCCUAAACGGGGGUCCUCAGAGCUCGCUUGAUCAGAACAGUAAUGAGAAAUCAGUUGACCUCCUUCUGUUUGAUACGCUCACUCCGUCAGUGCCCAACUCCACCAGCAGCACCGCCAUCAAUGGUUUUGGCAGCGGGGUUUUUAACCCGCUUAGUCCCACUGCAGGGGUGGGGCAGACGUUGCGCAGGGACAACCCGUUUUUUAGAAGCAAACGGUCCUACAGUCUGUCUGAGCUGUCCAUCCUGCAGGCUCAGUCCGACGCCCCUCAGGCCUCCUCGGGUUUCUUCGGGGGCCUGAAAGCACCGGCGCCAGAGCAGUUCAAGAGCAGGGAGGACUUUCGGACAGCGUGGCUCACCCACCGCAAGUUGGCCAGGUCCUGCCACGACUUGGACUCGCUGGGUCAGAAUCCAGGAUGGGGCCAAACGCAGCCGGUGGAGACCAACAUCGUCUGUCGUCUGGACAGCUCCGGAGGGGCCGUCCAGCUUCCGGACACAAACAUCAGCAUCCACAUACCAGAGGGGCACGUGGCCGCGGGGGACACCCAGCAGAUUUCGAUCAAAGCUCUGCUUGACCCCCCGCUGGAGCUCAACAACGACCGCUGCACCACCGUCAGCCCCGUGGUGGAGAUCAAACUCAGCAACAUGGAGACCAAAACCACCAUCACCCUGGAGAUGAAAGUGUCCGUGGUGGUGAAAAUGGAGAGCAGGGAGACGACAGAAGUGCUGUGUGUCAGGAGUGACUGUAAAGAGGGGCCGUACACUCCCAUUCCUCAGGCGUACAUGUAUGGGGACACAGUCCAGGUGUGCCUGGAUAACCUGGAACCCUGCAUGUAUGUGUGUGUUGUGGCUCAGUCCCAGUCGUUGUCUCCAGACUCCACAGUUUGGGAGCAUGUGGUAAAAAAGAUCACAUUAGGCGUGUAUGGUCCCAAACACAUUCACCCGUCCUUCAAGACAGUCGUGGCAAUGUUCGGACACGACUGCGCGCCAAAGACGUUACUGGUGAACGAGGUGGGCAAACAGGCGCAGACCGCUCCAUCAGUGGUGCUGCAGCUUUGGGGGAAGCACCAGUUUGUCUUGUCCAAACCGCAGGACCUCCGCGUGGGAGUUUACUCCAACAUGGCCAACUACGAGGUAAAGGCCAGCGAGCAGGCCAGAGUGGUGCGGGGAUUCCAGGUCAAACUGGGCAAAGUCAGCCGGCUCGUCUACAUCAUCGCCUCACGCAACACUGAAGAUGUUUCGGAUUUCACCUUAAGGAUUCAAGUCAAAGACGACCAAGAUUGUAUACUGGCACAGUUUUGUGUCCAGACACCAACACCGCCGCCCAAAGCAGGCCCAAAGACAUCAGGGCAGCGGCGCUUCCUCAAGAAGAAGGAAGUGGGCAAGAUCGUCUUGUCUCCUCUCGCCAUCGCCACCAAGUACCCUGUGUUCCAGGACAGGAGAAUAAAUAACCUGAAGUUUGGAAAAUUAAUCAAAACCGUCAUCCGACAAACAAAAAAUCAGUACUUGCUGGAGUACAAAAAAGGAGACUUUGUGGCUCUGUUGAGCGAAGAGAAGAUCAAGCUGAAGGGCCAGCUGUGGACGAAGGAAUGGUACAUCGGGUAUUAUCAGGGCAAAAUGGGAUUUGUUCAUGCGAAGAACGUGCUGGUGGUCGGCAAAGUGAAGCCCAUUUACUUCAGCGGGCCUGACCUCACGACCUCUUUGUUGCUGGAGCAGAUAUUAAAGCCCUGCAAGUUCCUCACGUACAUCUACGCCUCCGUAAGAACUAUACUGAUGGAGAACAUUGGCAACUGGCGAGCUUUCGCGGACGCCCUCGGAUACGUCAACCUGCCCUUGACCCAUUUCUGCCGGGCGGAGCUGGACAGCGAGCCGGAGCGGGUCGCAUCGGUGCUGGAGAAGCUGAAGGAGGACUGCAACAAUGCAGAGAGCAAAGAGCGAAAGUCCUUCCAGAAAGAACUCCUGACGGCUCUGUUGAAGAUGGACUGUCAGGGUCUCGUGGCUCGGCUGGUCAUGGACUUUGUGCUCCUGACGACCGCCGUGGAGGUGGCCGGACGCUGGAGGGAGCUCGCUGAGAGGCUCGUCAAGGUUUCGCGGCAGCAGAUGGACGCGUAUGAAGCGCCGCACCGCGACAAGAACGGGGUGGUGGACAGUGAGGCCAUGUGGAAGCCGGCGUACGACUUCCUGGUCACGUGGGCGGCUCAGAUCGGCGACAGCUACCGAGACGUGAUCCAGGAGCUGCACAUGGGCUUAGACAAGAUGAAGAACCCCAUCACCAAACGCUGGAAGCACCUGACCGGCACGCUCAUCCUCGUCAACUGCCUGGACGCCCUGCGGAGCUCCGCCUUCAGCCCCGCGGCUCAGGACGACUACGCCAUCUGAAGCCCCUCCCUCGCCGCUCCGUGUUAAUCCUGGCGGUGCCCCCCCGCCCGCACCGGCUCACCUCGCUCUCCUGGAGCUUCUGAACACCGUUUGAAAUGCUGCAUAUCAGCCGUCUGCUCACUCUGAACGCCACUACUGCUGUCGCGUGUUGUUUUGUUCCCGCGGUGCCGCCUUCAGCUCCUCGUGCCCGGGGGAGCGUCGCCAGACCGCCCCUGCGUCUCCGCGGCCGCCGGCCAAACAACACAGCGCUGUCCGGAGCUCGCAGUGUUCACAGAGACUCUUUUAAUAGUUCCUGUCUGGCAUAGUUCUGUAUUUUUGUACUCUUGUUACGGCACAGCGUUUUUUAAAGCAACACUUUGAACUUUUUGGUUAAGAACUCUGGAUCGAACGCCAAGAAAGACACUUUUUCAAGAAAAGACACUUUUAGAUAUCGUAUCCUUGUUACCGUAGCCUUGUCACGUGUCACAUCUCUUCUAUUUAUUUGUACAUCAAAGAGAAAAGUCACUUUUGCUUCUCUCUUCAGGUUCUCUCUCACUGUGGUCCCGCUCAUUUCACACCUCCAAACAUUCGGCUGUCCGUCUGCGUUUUUUUAAACACCUGGCACCGAAAAAAAACGAAAUAAUUAAUUAAUCCUGUUUGAGCCAAACUCUCCACCAGUGCCAAAAGAUUUAGUCAAAUUACUGAAUAGUCAUUUUACAGAAAUGAAUCAGCGGCAGAUGAAUCGGAUCUAAAUCGACUGGAUUGAAAAGAUUCUGGAUUCUGCUUCUCAGAGAAUUCGCUGUUUGUUUCUCUUUUAUUCUCUUUAGUUGAAUGUUUGGAUGUGGACAAAAAGAGUCAUUUUAAAAUUACAUUUGACAUUUUUUAAAUUGAAAUAUUCUUUAUGGAGCGCAACAGUUUGUCCUCGACCUGAACGGCCUCAACUCAAAGUACGCCCACUCACUUCUUCUGGAGCUUUUGGCCAAAUCUCACCGUCUUCAUCGGCAGAUUCUGUCGGUUCUCUCCGUACCUGUGAGUUUAAGGCUCAGUGUGUCCUAAUUCUUUGCUCCUAACAGAUCGGGACUGAACUCUUUUAAGAGCAGCGAGUGAAUUACGAUGAGACUACCCGGCACCAGUUCCUGUCAAAUCAACCGAUGCCAAAUUAAGAGCGCAUCUGGUUGAGCGUGCCGAGUUCAGAAAGAAGGCGGGUGCUCGAAAUCGCCCACAGAACUUCUCAGCAAAGACAACAAAGUGCCGCAGGGUUCAGAAAAGAGGCGAAAUCGCCAAGAAAUGCCUCGAAGCCGGGAAGCUUCCCAGCGAGCCGAAACUGUUACUGCAGUGCCAAUAGUUCCUCUUUUCGCUCCCUUUUUUAUUUUAGGAAUAGCCUCGCAUCGAUGCUGGUUGUGGUUAUGUUUUUAAAAACAUAUUCCACAUAUUUGUCAGCUAUGUCUAAACACAGAGCGAGAUAGACGAGCAGACACGAGCAGACAGACAGACGCGUUAUUUGCUUGACAUUUUCAUAUAUGGACAUAACAAAAAUGAACACAUCAGUAAAUGCAACCUUAUAUAUUAUAUUGCACCUUGAUGAGACAGGACAGAGGGAGACACACUGCUUACUGUUUGUGUGUUAAAAAACGUAAUCAUUUGUGGGAUAAAGGACGGUUUAGAUCUGUUUUAAGAUCCAAAAGAGACACAUUUCUUCAUGUAGCAGAAAAGAGCAGAGGAGCAGAGCAGCACGGUGACUGCAGCAUGUCAAAAAAAUAAAAACAAUUUUUGUUAUAACAGAAAGAGUAAAAUACCAAAAACAAGUACCAUACCCAAACCUGGCUCCUCCCCUCCGUUUUCCAGGGUAGGGUGUAGAGUUAGGAGGAGUUUGUGGGAAAUCUUUGGUAAGACGGCUGCACGAGCUACAAAAGAAACUCCCAAACAUGUUUUCUUUGUUAAUAAAGAUUUAAAAUAACAGUAACCAUUGUAAAAUCUUAGUUUAAUGUUGUUUUAGUGCAUCACUAGUAUUACACUUACAUCUCUAACAUUACUCUGUUAUUGCUGAUUUGAUGACAGUCCCACAUUUUGACACGUCCAUGUCCUUUAAUGAAAUAUGAUGCCUGAAAUCUUGUGUCCAGCAGUGAAGGUGCUGCACUUGUUGCCUCCUUAAAUGUCGGUGCGGACCGGCGGGGCAGAAGCACACGCUCGAAACAGCAGCCUGAUAACCAAGCAGUGUUUUUUUUUAUGGCUUGAAACUAAAGUCGUGAACUAAUUCUUUUCGAUCUCCGUCAGAUAAAUGGCACAUGACGAGUUCAUACCACGACUGUCGUAGUCGCAUCCGUUUAUGUAAACGGCCAUCGUCAACUAGCGAUGACGUAUCCGAGUCUCUGUUUAAACCACUAACUAUUGCAAAUCUGUUCCGAGGGGCAAAGAGGCGCUCGAAAACGAGAAAUCUGUGAUGAGACUGAAAAGCUCCAGAAUCAGUGAGAAAAUAUUCGAGAUUUUUUUUUGUCAACAAUGAAUCUAAUCAACAAAUUUUGAGCCUUACCCCCCAGAUAACAAACUGCAGCCACUCGUGUCUCGACUUUUUGUCUCUUGCCUUCAAUUCUUUUAAGUACUUUUUACCAAAGUUUGCCAAAAAAGACUCUCGGCCUCUUCACGCACGACUUCGUACAAUGUUGAGACCACUGUUGUGAUGACACUGUCAAAGCUUCUGGUUCGGUUUUCGUCUGUGCUGCAUACUGUAUAAUGUGGUGAGUUUGAAAACCUUUUUGUGACUGCAUACUUUUGUGGAAAAGACUAAAUAAAAUGUAAAUAUUUGUACACACCA